GUGCCCCCGCCGUGGGCGACGCCGCGUCCGCACUGUUCCUACAUCGCUUCGCGCGGCCGCUGGCAGCGUCUGGUAACCGGCAGCCUUGCCCGGUAAGGGCCGCCGCCACAGCUGUCGAGCCGCCGCCCUCCUGCGGCCCAGCCUCCUCGGAACAACGGCCCGUAGGGGUUUGAUACCAUUUUCUGGUUUGCCUGGCUUAUUAUUACUUUCCGUGUGAGAUAGGAUCUAGCCUGUGAAAUAGGAUCCAUACAUACGUGUCCUAGAAAAGUUCAUGGAAAAAUACGUGUUAUGAAAAAACUAGGCAUGGAUUUCAAAUUUUUUUACACCAAAAUUAACUUUCAUUUGUGCUGUAUUUCCAUUUUCCAUUGAAUUCUUUGAAGUGCCAUGUUAAAACUUAACCGUCUUAAAUUAGGACUUAAGUGACUUGCUCAGGGUCACCUGGUUAGCCAGAGGCAGCUGCUGAACUGGAAUGUAGGUCUCCUGUUGUCAUAUCUGCUUUCUCUGCUACAGUGUGCUUCCCUGGUUGAUGGGAACCUCGUUCUCAUCUUGCAUUCCUACCAUGUCUACUUACCUGGCACCUGGAGUGAAUUAAAAAGGCAGUUUUUGUUUCUUCCCAUGAGAUUAUAUGCAUGGAAUAAGAACUGUGAAAUUAAAGUAGAACAUUUCUAAGGACUUGGGCAGCACCAGGAGCAUCUGAAAAGAAAUACUGGAUGGCACAGAGCUUUGGAAGAGUUUGCCAACAAAAGAAUUUAUGAGAAACAGUUCAUCAGAAGUACCAUUAGAGGACCCUUUUAAAUUUCUUUAGGCAGUGAAAAGUUGAGUCUUUGUUCAAAUAUACACAGAAGAAAAAAUCAAAUAGUCUCAAAUAUGAAAACUAUGUUUCUUAACAUCCUGAGGUAAAUUUAGGAAAACAAAUGAAAGGAUAAAGCUUUAAAAUGUUUUAACUAUGGUAAAAUAUUUGUAAAACUUUUGGGCUUAUCUUAAAAGUUUCCAUGGUUCUAAAACAAUAAUAUCCCAAAUAUGAAACAGUAUCAGUAAAAAAAAUAAAUAAAUAACACUUGAGAAUACAUCAGAUAGAUGUACCCAAAGAAGAAGAACUGAGGCUGGAAAAUUACCACUAACAAAUAAUUUACUUACUUAUUAAAAGGUUACCUUGGCAAACAUAAGAGACACUCAAUGCUCAGUCUGAGAAUGAUACGCUAAAUGCAAUAAAAGCUGGAUUUUAUUCAUAUAUGCAACAACUACUGUCUUCUUCCCUUGAAGAUUCUAUACAACUGUUCUUAAAUUCUAGCUCUCCAGACAUCCACCACUAGGAUUUUUAUAGCUUGAAGUCUUUAUUCAGGUAAAUGAACUACUGCUCAGUGAACAUUAUGCACAGAGCGAUAUGAGCACUCUUCUUUGCUUGCAGUGAGGUAACAUUGGGUCGUUUUGGAAGGGAGAAACCACGCUGCAUUUCUGCUACACAAGAUUACUCUGUCAUUGCCUUUGAGUCUUUCAUAUUCCCUUCUCAAGCAUGACUUUUUAUUGAGAUUUAUCCCACCAGGGUCUGUGUGGGCUCAUCUUGCUCAAUGCCUCCUUUCUUUUUGUCCCUUCUCCUAUGUUGAUUUAGGGGAAGUGUGCAGCUAUUCAUUAUCCUUGACUGAGGCCACUAUUUCUAUCAAGAGAGAAGAGGGCUGGUCCUGAAAACUGAUCACCCAUGUCUUACAAGAGCAGCAGCCAGCCAGGAUUUUGGCAGUGGCAGCUUUCUGAACAUAUGAGACCUUUACCUCAAGACCAGCUCUUCAAUCAUGAGCCCUUUUCCCCUCACUCCCUUACUUUCCAGUACAAACAGGUGCCUGUGCCUUCUGGAGCUUUGAGAUAGUCUCUUCCCACCCCCACCUCAAAUCAGUAAAGCUUUUCUACUGCUAGUUGUUUGAAAUCAAAUUCAGUAUGAAUAAGAGAGGAAAAUACACAACACUGAACUUGGAGGAGAAAAUGAAGGUUCUAAGUAGAAUUGAAGCGGGACGAUCUCUUAAAAGUGUAAUGGAUGAAUUUGGAAUCAGUAAGUCAACAUUUUAUGACAUUAAGAAGAAUAAGAAACUGAUUUUGGACUUUGUACUGAAGCAGGACAUGCCAUUAGUGGGGGCUGAGAAGAGAAAAAGGACAACGGGUGCCAAAUACGUUGAUGUAGAUGAUGCAGUCUACAUGUGGUACCAACAGAAAUGCUUAGCUGGUGUCCCUGUUAGAGGUGUGGAACUUCAGGCUGCUGCAGAGAGAUUCGCACAGUGUUUUGGGCGAACAGACUUCAAAGCUAGCACUGGUUGGCUAUUUAGGUUUAGAAAUAGGCAUGCAAUAGGGAACCGAAAAGUAUGUGGGGAACAAGUUCUAAGUUCAGCUUCAGAAAAUAUUGAACCAUUUCGACAAAAAUUAUCUAGGAUCAUCAAAGAAGAGAAACUGGAUCUAGCUCAACUCUACAGUGGGGAUGAAACUGACCUCUUUUGGAAGUCAAUGCCAGAAAAUACUCAAGCAAACAGAAAAGAUAUCUGCCUGCCAGGGAGGAAAAGAAAUAAAGAACGGUUAUCUGCCCUCUUAUGUGCAAAUGCAGAUGGAACUCACAAAUUAAAAUCAAUCAUUAUCGGAAAAUCAAAGCUGCCCAAAAGUGUAAAAGAGGGUACAAGUUCAUUACCUGUGAUAUAUAAACCUAGUAAAGAUGUCUGUUUCACCAGAGAAUUGUUUUCAGAAUGGUUCUUUGAAAACUUUGUUCCUGAAGUCCGGCACUUUCAACUUAAUGUUCUAAGAUUUCAUGAAGAGGACAUCAGGGCAUUGUUAAUUCUGGGUAGUUCCUCAACUCACCCUUCUUCUGAAUCACUAAUGAGUGAGGAUGGCCGAAUAAAAUGCAUAUUCUUUCCCCAUGACACUUCAACUUUGAUUCAACCAAUGAAUCAAGGUGUAGUCUUGAGUUGCAAACGACUUUAUAGAUGGAAACAACUUGAAGAGAGUCUUGUAAUUUUUGAAGAAAGUGAUGAUGAACAAGAUAAAGGAGAAAAAGGAGUUUCCAAGAUUAAAAUCUACAAUAUAAAAAGUGCAAUUUUUAACUGGGCAAAAAGUUGGGAUGAAGUAAAACAAAUAACCAUAGCAAAUGCAUGGGAAAAUCUUCUUUACAAAAAGGAACCUGAAUAUGAUCUUCAAGGCUUAGAAGAUGGGGAUUAUAGGGAAAUUCUUGAAAAAUGUGGAGAGUUAGAAACCAAACUGGAUGAUGAUAGGGUGUGGCAAAAUGGAGAUGAAAAAGAAAAGGAAUAUCCCCCCAAAACAAAAGGUGGGAUUACAAGGGGAAUUGUUCAAAAAGGAGGAGGAACUGAAAAGCAGGCUACUGAAUUUAAGUUAUCUGCUGUAAGAGAGAGUUUGGACUACCUUCUUGACUUUGUUGGUGCCACACCUGAAUUUCAAAGGUUCCAUUUCACACUGAAAGAAAUGCAGCAAGAAGUAGUCGAAAAACAAUUCCAGAGUAGAAUCCAUUCUAGAAUGGGUAACUUUUUGAAACCAAGGCCUUAUAAUAUUAAGGAUUCCUUCAGUAUGCCUUCAACUUCUGGUUUUACUAAUUAGAUUGUGUUUAAAGAUUUCUGCAGUUAUAAUAUGUGAUGUAGGACUGUUGUGAACUGUUGUUUUUACCAAAUGGUAAUAUUUUAUCAAUGCUCAUUUAUAUAUUGUUUAAAAAUACACAAUUUUUUUUUUUUUGGAGAGGUUUUUGCUAUAGGGUGUGUGCGCUCGCCAGA